CAACAACUUCUUAGUUGUGCUAAAUUAUCUGAUGAUUGAUGACUUCAGUGUCAGUGGUGGAAAGUAACUACAAUUCUGAGUUAGUGGAGAGACAUAUCCGACCUCCCUGCACCUCUCUCCGCCUGUCUGUAGCGGAGAAAGUGUCCCGGAGCCUCCAGGCUGGAUAUCAUCCGAGUGAGAGAGAGAGACAUCAUGCGGGCAGCGAGGCUUCAUGUGGCCGCGGUGCUGGCGCUGUUUGCCGCAGUGUCCGGGGCGCAGGCGGAGGUGAUCGAUGACAUCCUGAGCAGCCUCUCCAGCGGAGCGUCCUUCCUGGAGAGACAACACGAGCACAUCAACCUGGACGGAGUGGUCGGGUUCCUCAUGCUGCAGGCUGAACUGAAGGAAGCCGUUCGGACGUGGCCUCACUCCGACCCGAUCAGCUGGGCUCAGAGAACCACCGCCGUGGCUCUGGUCAAACGUCUCGACCAAAGCUUCGACAAGGCCGUCGCCGCCCUGCAGCAGAACGACCCCAAAUACUACCAAGAGUUUGAGCCCCUGCUGUCCUGGAGGUUCUGGUUGAUUCCUCAGGAGUGGAGCUCCACAGAUCCCAGUCUGGUCUACCCCUCCACCAUGACCACCGAGUGCUACGACGAGCAGCUCAGCGACAAGUGUCUGACGCUGCUGCUGGGAACCUGGAAAAUGAACGGGACGCCGUGCAUCGUCACCAAACCCUGCCGGGACACCAUGACUCGUUUCGGUUGUCCACAUUACUCUCUGUCCCACCAGCUGCUCUACUUCAUGAUCGGAAAAAUGAAAGGCUGCUCCAACCUGCUGAAAGGCGACACGCGAGCGUCGCGCGCCAACAUGACCGAACGCAACUACGAGAAGAUCUUCUGCUCCAACAUGAUGAAGACCAACCAGGACAUCAUCAAAGACGGUCUGACCGAACAGACGGUGGACAUCUUCAUUGAGAACAUCCUGAUCUGUGGAUUGGCCGGUUUCUCUGACUUCUACAAAGCUGACUGGCUGCAGCACAUCCUCCGGCUGCAGGACGAGGAAGUCGGCUGCUUUGGAAGAGACAAGAGCAUCAUCUCUCAGAUCAUCGGAGACGAGCUGCUGGAGCAGCUGCAGCCUCACAGGAGGGUGAAGAGAAGGGAGAAGAUACUUCCUGACGGCUGCUCCAGUCACAUAACGGCCGUGGCUGUCGGCGCUCUGGGAGGAUACCUGAACUAUUACCUGACAGAACAGGACAUAACGAAGAGGCCGCUCUCGUGAACGCCUCCUCACCCUGCUGGGGGGGGCGGGGAUACGUUCACAUGAGCAAAUCGUCGUAGAUCAUCAGGUAGAGAUGUUCUUCAAAAGGUUGGACACCGGUUCCCGACACAAUACGUUGCUUUAUGAACACAGUCGUAAGAUGAUGAAAAUGCUGGGAUGUGUUUGACACCAAAUGGAAACUUAAAGGGGACAUAUUCUGCUUUUUUUUGUGAUUUUCUGUUAUUUAUAUCCUGUUAUGAUAUCAGAUGUUAAACACGGUUCCUAAAUUUGAGGUGAACGUAUGUAAAAAAUGCUGCCUGCAAGUCAAAAGUCAGGGCACGGAUAUAUUUGAGUUUAUAUUUGGAGCAAAGAAGGAGAAAAAGAAGUGAAAUCCUGCUACUGUAGUUAGUUUUUACGUAG